AUGGCCACAUUACGGGAGAUUAAAGGCCGAUUAAAGUCUAUUGAGAAUAUUGAGAAGAUUACAAAAACUAUGAAGACGGUUGCAUCAACGAAGCUUUCGUAUUCUCAGAAAGCGAUGGAGAAGGCUAAAGUCUAUUCUAUUUCUCAAGAAGAGAUUUUUUUUGGAUCAGAGAUAAAAGUUCCAGAACAAUUGAAAACUCUUUAUAUUGUAUGUUCUUCGGAUAAAGGACUUUGCGGGGGAAUACAUUCCCAAUUGACUCGGGUGACGCGAGAAUUAGUUGAGAAGAAUCCGGAGGGCCAUGUAGUUAUACUUGGAGAUAAAGCUAAAAUGCAGCUUACUAGAUAUAUUCCAAGGAAUAUUAUAAUGUCGUUUACUCAGAUUGGUAAAGAUAUUCCUACGUUUUAUGAUGCACAAAUGAUUUCAAAUGCGAUUAUUCAAUCUAACAGGGAGUUUGAUAAGGCGGAUAUUAUAUAUAAUAGUUUUAAAAGCACCCUUUCAUAUUUACCAGCGAUAAAAACUAUUUAUUCGGAGAAUUUUUUGAAGGAUUCUAAAAAUUAUCAUAUAUAUGAAGCUGAAGACAAUGUUUUAACAAAUUUUAAAGAGUUUUUACUUUCGACUGGAAUUUUUUCUGCGCUUGUUGAAGGUCAUGCUUGUGAAAUAUCUGCCCGACGAAACGCUAUGGAUAACGCUUCAAAAAAUGCACUAGAAAUGAUUAAAAAGUUUAAAAUCAUCUUUAAUCGGUAUGUUUUAAAUCAUUUAUAUAUUUAUUAA